AUGUCAUAUCCAGUUAAAAACUCAGAUAUUGAGGGGCAACAUAUUGUUUAAUAAGUUACUCCAGUCUAACUUAGCAAAUUAAGACUAUUUUUAGCUGUAAUAAUAUAGAAAAAUUAGUUAGGUUGUUUUAUCAAUAAGUUCUGCAUUCAUUUUUGCCUUAGCAUUAAGAUAUUCAAGAAAAUUAUAUAAUGCUUUCUUGUUUACUUAAUGUUAAGAAGAAUCGAUUGCCACACAUUAUUUAAUAGAAACAGUUUCUGGUGAAUAAUUUGUAUGUGCCAAAAAAUUCAUUGACAAUAAACCAUAUUUCAUGUUUAGGUAUAAAAACUAACUAUAUGAGAAUGCUUAAAUACAGAUUUAAUGAAUAACUUAAAAGUUAUGAACCCAUAGAAUUUGAUGCAAAAGAAAAAGUCAUUUCUGAGAUUAUCAAAUCAAGAAAUACAUUAACUAGAGAACUUAAAAUUUAAUAUUUUGGAACUUGUUAACUUAAAAUUCCAAUAGAAUCAAUAUUUAUAUAUUCAUUACAUGCCUUUACAGGUCCAUUUAAUAUAUUAUAAUAUUUUGCUGUUGCCAUUUGGUUUGCUGAAAAAACAGUCCUCUAACCUAUAUUAAUAUUGAUUUUUACAGUCCUUACUGUCUAUUUGAAUUACUUUCUAUAUGUUAGAUCAAGAAGAAGAUUAUAAUAAUUAGCUAAUAUUCAUUAAGAUGUAACAAUCAAAGAAAUUGAUUAAUAUUAAAUUAUCAAUGGAUCUGACCUUGUUCCAGGAGAUCUAAUCAUUCUUAAAGAAAAUCAAACAUUAAAUUGUGAUUGUGCUAUCAUUUCUGGUGAUGUUAUAGUUAAUGAAGCCACUUUAACAGGUGAAGGCAUACCUAUUCCAAAAAGUGCAUUACCAAACUAAAAUUCUAUAUUUGAACUUGAAAAAAUGAGUUAACAUUGUUUAUUUGAGGGCACUAAAUUAAUACAAGUUAAUAACACAUAAGAAAAUAUUGCUAUUGUACUUAGAACAGGUUUUACAUCAUUAAGAGGAUAAUAUUUUAGAAAUGUACUUUUUCCCGAGGCACCAUCAAUGAGAUUCUAUAUUUAAGCAGCAAAAUUCAUUCUUGAAAUAGCUUUAAUUAUAGCUAUAAUAUACGGAUUUCUAUUGAUUGAAUAUGUUCCUAUGGAAUUCUAAACAGGUAUAUUAGUUCUAAGAUUUUUGGAUAAUAUAGUUUGGUCUAUUCCACCAUCAAUGCCUAUAUUUUUUUAAAUUUGUAAGACAGCUAGUUUGGUUAGACUUGAAGCAAAAGGUGUAAUUGGAAAUAAUGCAGAUAAAGUAGAAUCAGCAGGAAGGAUUGAUACUUGUUGUUUUGAUAAAACUGGAACUCUUACAACACUUGGAUUUAAAGCAAUAAAAGCAUUACCAGAAGAAGAGAAACCAAUUUUAGAUGCUAUAAUGGGAUGUUGUCAUCAUUUAAUAAAAUUGAAUGAUUAAUUAUUAGGAGAUCCAUUAGAAAUAGAAAUGCUUAAUUUUGUUGGUUGGUAAUGUAAUUUUAAUAAUAAUCCUUUGACUAUUGAUGGAAAUGGAAAAACAUAUACAAUUCAUAAAGUAUUUGAUUUUAGUUCAUAAAAAUCAAUGAUGAGUGUUAUAGUAACAGAUGGAUCUAAAUAUUAUUUAUAUUCAAAAGGUUCUCCAGAAUCAAUUAAUUCUAUUUCUGUAAAGAAGAGAGAAGAUUUACUAAAUGAAUUUAAUUAGAAUGCUAUAAAAGGAUACAGAGUAUUAGGAUUAGCAUAUAAAGAAUUAUAAUAAAAUUAAAUAGAUUAAUAAAGAGAGUAGAUUGAGUAAUAAUUAAAUUUUGUUGGUCUUUUAGUUAUGGAAAAUCCAUUAAAAUCAGAUACAAAUGAGAUUAUAACAACUUUAAAAGAAACUGGAUUAGAUAUAAAAGUAAUUUCAGGAGAUAAUCCAUUAACAACUAUCUAAUGUGCGAAAUUAGCUGGUAUUUUGAAUUAAGAUAAUGAAAUUACAUUUUUAGAUUAUAAUUAAUAGAAUUAAGAAAUAAUUUUAUAAUGCAACAAUAAUUAAUAAAUAAUAAAAGAAUAAUAAUAAAAUUGUGUUUAAGAAUUAGAAUAAUUUAUAAAUACUUAAUAAGAAUUGGCUUUGACUGGUAAAUUUUUGGAAUAUAUGUAUAAUAAAGUUAAUUUUUUAUUUGAAUAAUAAGACCAAUUUAAGAGUUCAGGAAAAGCUUAGAGUAAGGAAAAGAUUUUUACAGAAAUAAAUUAAAUUGAUAUUGAUGAUGGAUCAUUUGGAUAAUUAGCAAUAUUAAUAAUAAAGAAAAGUAAGGUUUUUGCAAGAUAGAAACCAGAAUAGAAGAAACUUAUAAUUUAAAUGAUUUAAAGUUUUGGAAGAUAAGUGUUAAUGUGUGGUGAUGGAGCUAAUGAUUGUGUAUUAAAAUAAAUUAAUUAAUUUAGUCAGCAAUUUCAUAAGCUUAAGUAGGAAUAUCAUUUAGUGAAGCUGACGCAUCUUAUACAGCACCUUUUAGUAGUAAAUCAACUUCAUUAGAUUGUGUUGUAAAGGUAUUAUUAUAAGGUAAAGCAGCUACAAUGACAAUUAUUGAAGUCUUCUAAUAUUAAAUUAGUGUUAAUACAUUAAAAUUUAUUGCUGUUUUAUUUACAUUUUUAGAGGCAGAAACUUUUGCAGAUUUUUAAUUUACUUAUACAAGCAUUAUAUCAAACAUUCCUUUAUUGAUAUUCUUAUGUUUAUCUGGUCCAUGUGAUACUUUAGCUAAAUAUAAUCCAUUAGAUGAUCAAUUUGCCAUUUAUAAUUAAAUUUAAAUAUAUAAUAAUUUAAUUUGGGGAUCAGCUGGGUAUCAUAUAUAUAUAUAUUAUUUUUAUUAGAUUAAUUAUUAACUUUUUUAUAUCUCAAGCAGUCAGAGAUGUUCAUACUUGUGAAUUAGAUGAACCUAUACUUAAUUGUAUACCAAAACCUAUUGAAGAAUUAAAAAAGACUGGAGAUAUUUAAUCUGUUAUGUUUAUGAGUUUAAUGUUCUUCUUUAUGACAUUUGCAAUCAAUCUCUAUAUCUCUAAUCCAUUUAAAUAAAGAUACUAUAGAAACUAUUUAUUACUCUUAUGGACAACAUUAGGAUUUAUUUUAUUUUUUGUCUCAGCUAUAUUUCCAAAUGGAGGAAAAUGGGCUAAAUUAAUAAAUGUUAAUACUAAUGCGUAUCAUUUCAUUUUUAUUAUCUUUUAGUUUUAAAGGCUAUAAUUGGAUCAUGAUAGCUGUUGUUGUUAUUACCUCAUUAUUUGGAUUCAUUACGCAAGCUUUAUUACAAAAGUAUCUUCCUUCAAAAAAGAAAAUAGAAUUUUGA